UUCUAAGCUUCGUUUUCAUCCGGGUCCUUCAGCCUCGUUCCCGGGUAGUAUAAAGUUUGCUGUCUCCUUUGUUCGCCCUCGUUGCGCAGUACUGCUAGCGGCUUCUCAGUUGUGUUCCUGAACCCGGUUAGCUGUCACUUGUGCCGGGCUGCGUGGUCAGCCCCUGUCAGCGAGCUCGGAGGAGCUUGAGACCGUCAUCACCCUUCCGCGGAUUCAUCAGAGGGAAAAAUGGUUGAAGCAGAUCGCCCAGGAAAGCUCUUUAUUGGUGGGCUUAAUACCGAAACAAAUGAGAAAGCCCUAGAAGCAGUAUUUGGAAAAUAUGGACGGAUAGUGGAAGUACUCUUGAUGAAAGAUCGAGAAACCAAUAAAUCAAGAGGAUUUGCUUUUGUUACCUUCGAAAGUCCAGCGGAUGCGAAGGAUGCAGCUAGAGACAUGAAUGGAAAGUCCUUAGAUGGAAAAGCCAUCAAGGUGGAACAAGCCACCAAACCAUCAUUUGAAAGUGGUAGACGAGGACCACCUCCACCUCCGAGAAGCAGAGGCCCUCCCAGAGGUCUUAGAGGAGGAAGAGGAGGAAGUGGAGGAACUAGGGGACCUCCCUCACAUGGAGGGCACAUGGAUGAUGGUGGCUAUUCCAUGAAUUUUAACAUGAGUUCUUCCAGAGGACCCCUUCCAGUGAAAAGAGGACCACCACCACGAAGUGGGGGUCCUCCUCCUAAAAGAUCGGCACCAUCAGGACCAGUUCGCAGCAGCAGUGGAAUGGGAGGAAGAGCCCCUGUAUCUCGUGGAAGAGAUAGUUACGGAGGUCCACCUCGAAGGGAACCCCUGCCCUCUCGUAGAGAUGUUUAUUUGUCUCCAAGAGAUGAUGGAUAUUCGACUAAAGAUAGCUAUUCAAGCAGAGAUUACCCAAGUUCUCGUGAUACAAGAGAUUAUGCCCCACCACCAAGAGAUUAUACAUACCGUGAUUAUGGUCAUUCCAGUUCACGUGAUGACUAUCCAUCAAGAGGAUAUAGUGAUAGAGAUGGAUAUGGUCGGGAUCGUGACUAUUCAGAUCAUCCGAGUGGAGGUUCCUACAGAGAUUCAUAUGAGAGUUAUGGUAACUCACGUAGUGCUCCACCUACACGAGGGCCCCCGCCAUCUUAUGGUGGAAGCAGUCGCUAUGAUGAUUACAGCAGCUCACGGGACGGAUAUGGUGGAAGUCGAGACAGUUACUCAAGCAGCCGAAGUGAUCUCUACUCAAGUGGUCGUGAUCGGGUUGGCAGACAAGAACGAGGGCUUCCCCCUUCUAUGGAAAGGGGGUACCCUCCUCCACGUGAUUCCUACAGCAGUUCAAGCCGCGGAGCACCAAGAGGUGGUGGCCGUGGAGGAAGCCGAUCUGAUAGAGGGGGAGGCAGAAGCAGAUACUAGAAACAAACAAAACUUUGGACCAAAAUCCCCGUUCAAAGAAACAAACAAAAAGUGGAAACUGUUCUGUCAUAACUACCCAAGGACUACUAAAAGGAAAAUUGUGUUACCUUUUUUAAAUUUCCUGUUAAGUUCCCCUUCAUAAUUUUUAUGUUCUUGUGAGGAGAAAAAAGUAAAACAUGUUUAAUUUUAUUUGAUUUUAAGAAUUGCUCUCAACAAGCAAAUGUUUAAGUGUGUAAGGCUUGACUUGUUGUACUAGUGUUGUAAUUUUUCAAGUAAAAGUGUCCCUAAAGGCCACUUCCUAAUUUUUCCCAAUGAAUAAGGCAAGCAAUUCUGAGAUCUUCCACAAACAUCUAGCCAUCUAGAUGUACAUUGAUCUCCAUUUGGAGAUGAACUAUUCUGCCUGUACAGACAAGCUAGCUAUUAGAGGGUGGUCGGGGUAUGCUACUCUUAGGAUUUCAGGGUGUCUUCCAACUGCAAUCUCCAUGUUCUCAGUAUGAAAAAACCUGAGAUCAGAUACCUAUGUAAGGAAAGUGCUAUUCACCCAUUAAACCCAAAAAGACAAAUGGAUAAUGCUGGCCAUAAUUUGCCUUUUUGACAUUUCCUUGGGAAUCUGCAAGAACCUCCCCUUUCCCCUCCCCCAGUAAGACCAUUUAAGUGUGUGUUAAACAACUACAGAAUACUAAAUAAAAAGUUUGGCCAAAACCAACCAUGAAGCUGCAAACGAUGCUUGCUCUUACUGUUUCAAAUUUUUGCAACUCUGUAGUGUCUCACUUUUAAAGGAACAGCUUGAUUGCAAAGGAGAAAUAGAUAAGCAAUGAAGUUAUCUCCAACUUCCUAAAGGCUUAUGACUUCUAAAAAGUGAAUCUAUCAGCAUUCCACAUCAGAUUUAAAGCAUCCAAUGCCUGUGAAACAGCAAAGAUGGUUGAGAACUAUGGUCAUUGUGGUCAUGGAGUGCUGAUUUAUUCACAGUAGAUAAAGCUGGCAUCAGGAGAAAUCAAAAUGCUAAGAGUUGUUGAAGCAGAAGAACGCUGACUGUCAAUAAGGCACAACAGUUGCAUAAGCAGUGUCCAUCAGAAUUGGUUUGGCACAGGCAGUAGGUUUGGCCUUCAGGGGCUUUUGUGACUAUGAGGAAGGCAUCAGUGUUGAUUAACACUCUUAACUCUAGGGAGUGGUAGUUGCUAAAAAUUGCCCAAGUGGAGAAAGGGAAACAAAUUGGUAAGUGGAGGUACUCAGGAAAUUCUUGUGGCUAUUUGUAUAGAUUUGAUAGCUUUGGCUUUCAUUUUGUUUAGCUAAACUAAUGGAAGCAACUGUACAAUUUGGAUGACAUUGUCAUUGAAUAUCAGAAUUAAGGGCUGGUGAUGAGCACUCACUAACAUGUGUGAGGCCCUGGAUUCAGUCACCCAACACCACACGGAAAAAAAGUUGCUUCAGAAAAAUGACAGCCAUAAGUGGUAACUCUUUACUUAAUCCAGUAGUGUCUGAUUUUCAGACAAGUGAGACAUUUUUUAUUACCUUAUCAUGGAAAAUGGUUUAGUCUACAACAAAAUCCAGGGGGAGGAGUAACUCAAAAUUUAACAAUUUGAAACAUUGCUAAAAGAUGGAAAGUACGCUUGAAACUGGAAACAUUGGCUACUUUAUCAGUAAGCCUACUUGAUCCUCAACUCUCAGUCUUAGAAAUACAUCUUAAUUGUUUGGGAGACCAGAGCCAAUAAUAAAAAUGAGAAUGUUCUCAAGAGGAACAUUGGAGUUGUUCAAUUAGAGGAACUAACUCAAUUUUUGAGGUUUUCUUCCCCUGUAAUAUAGUUAUUAAUGAUUUAAUUAACAUUGGUGAUAGACAAAAAUAAUCUAAAACUCAAGCCUCAUAGGUUUACAUUCCUAAUCACUGACCAUGAGGAUAUUAACCAAAAUUAAAGAGGUUGCACUUGAAUAGAGAUCAGUUUUGAGUUACUGUUAGUGCUGUGAGUUUUUUUGGCUGCUGAGAUUUUAUUUAGUUUUCUAAGUUAUUGUAGUAUAGAGACUAAUUGUAGUAUGAUUGUUAAAUUCAAAGGAGUAUACUUUUAAAUGACUGGGCCCCUUUUGACUGUUUACAGACCUAGCACACUUAAUUUUGCUCCCAUUGAGGAAACAAUAGGUCUUACUUCAUCUGGCUUUAUACUGGCUGUAAAAUGGAAUGAUAAAAUGUCUUCCUUGUUUGACAUACAACUCUUAGGUAUCAUAGAUUACUUUUUAUUUUUUGGAAUGUUUUUGUAUUGAGAUUUAAUAAAACUUUUAACACCUUU